GUUUUUCUACGGAAGACUAGGCAGUAUGGUCGAAAGACUAUAGACUGCGCCAUGAGCGAAAAAAAAAAUGGUUUCUGGUUUUGUUUAUUGACGUGUUAAAUGACAUUGACAUUUCUUUGUUUUGAUUUGAAUUCGCUUGAUGUAAGGUCGUUUUUGGGUCAUUCCAUUUAAUUUCGUUUGUUGACUUUAUUCUUUACUUACAGUCCAACGUCAAUAAUAGAAUGCGACUAAACGCAUUUCAUCUUGUAUUACCAAAAUUUUCCCAGCGUUUAAAAUUACGACGUACAAUUGCUUAUAUUCAAGGACAAGAACCCGAACCGAAAAUUAGAGAAUAUUUUUAUUAUAUAGAUCAUCAAGGAAUGCUAUUUUUAGAUGACUCUAGAAUGAAGAAUUUUACAUCAUGCUUUAAAGAGAAGAAGUUUUUAGAAUUCUUUUUUAAAAGAAUUAGAUUAAAUAAUACCGGUAGAUAUGAAAAUGACUUUCCAUUCGUGUCAUUAUGCGGCAGGGAAAGAAAUUAUAUAAGGUGUGAUGAUGUUCCCAUUGUUUACACACAUAUUAUCACAAAUAAUACUUGCAGUGACCAUUUCCUUACUUAUGGAUAUGCAGGUGAUCUUUUGAAAGUAAAAUUUAUACCUGACAAAAUAUUUAUGCUGCCAGAAACCGGAAGAGUGUAUCACCCAGCUGAUGAUAAAUAUGGCGGAGUUGGGUUAGUGAGAUCUAAGCUUGCAAUAGAACUUAGCAAAUAUUUUGAAUUUGGAAAUGGAGAAUUAAAUCCACCAACACAUUUUACAUGGCAAAACAAUAAUUAUAAGCUAGAUCAGAAAUGGCUUCAAGAAAAUUUGAAUAAGUUUAGGAUAAAAUUAAGAGCCAUUCCAGAUUAAUGUAAAUAUUUGUAUGUGAUAUAAUAUGUACAUAGUAACAAUAUUAACACAUAGUUUAUAAUAUUUUCAUAUACAAC